AAACUUGCUCUCGAAUUCAUCAAAUGCAUUCGGGAGGCGCGGCUGGACGAUCCUGUGGCAAAACUCUCUGAAGAAGUGUUAUACCGACUUCGUCACCCUCCGCAUACGCCUCCAGAACCUCUCUCGCCUCUACAAAAGCACAGCAUCACCAACUACUUUGCGCUCGAGAACGCAUCUAUCAGAGCGUUUGAAGAGGUUCGUGCAUCUGAGAUCAAAACGUUCAAUGUGGCUGAGCAGGACUUACUUCACUUCGACGCGGUCGAGAAACUGAUUGCAAAAAUAACUGGCGUCGAGUCUGUCCAACAUGACAUGUGCUGGGACUCGUGUCAGGCAUUUACAGGUCCACUCGAGGAUGAUCUACGUUGCUCUCAGUGUGGCAAGCAUCGCUACGACCAGCACAUACUCAAACACAAGGGGAAACUUGUCUCUCGCAAGUUCCAUACCAUUCUAUUGGGUCCACUUCUCCAGGCUAUCUACCGCGAUCCUCAGAGUGCCGAAGACCUUGCAUAUCGUGUCCUCAAGACGCACGAAGUUCUUGAGGCCGCUAUUGCUAAUAACCGGAUCGUCGAGGUCUACGAUGACUACAUCUCAGGCUCAGAUUAUAUACAAAGCCUCCUCGAGAAGAAGAUACGCGACGAGGACAUCCUUAUUAUGUCUUCGCUUGAUGGUGCACAGCUCUUCGAGUCUCAGGCAUCCGAUUGUUGGAUCUACAUUUGGGUCAUUCUUGAGUACUCACCCGACAAGCGCUACAAGAAACAGUAUGUCUAUCCCGGCGGUUUCAUUCCUGGUCCCAACAAGCCCAAAAACGUCGAUUCGUUCCUUUUUCCAGGCUACCACCACGUCUCUGCCCUCCAACGCGAAGGCCUUGAGAUAUACAACGCAUGGGAGCAGCGGCAAUACACGUCGUUUGUCCACCACUAUCUUGCAACAGCCGAUGGCCCGGGACUAGUCUACUUCAACGGUAUGUGCGGGCACUGUGGUCAGAAUGGCUGCCGCCUAUAUUGCGGAGUCCGUGGCCGUCGUAAAACUCACGGCAAAACCUACUACCCUGCGUUGGCAAAACCGGACUCGCCAACAUACAAGGUCAAAGGCAGUGAUCACGCUACUGUCCUGGUGCAGGAUCUCCCACCCGCAGCAUCAACGGAAUACUAUCGGAAUCUCAAGAUGGUUGUCUCCGCCAGGUCCGAAACUGCUUACGACAAGGCCCGUCGAUAUACUGGUAUCACCAAGCCUAGCAUUCUCAUCGGUCUCCAGCCUGAGCAUACAUUAGAGGUCCCUCGAUGUCUUGCUCCCGACCAAAUGCAUCUGGCAGCACUGCUUGCAACUCUGCAUAUCGAUCUGUGGCGAGGCGAGAUUGAUAACGGCCUCUUCGACGAUCCUCGGUUGUGGCCGUUUUCUAUCUUUCUAGAUGACGACGUUUGGACAGCUCACGGCCUCGACGUCGAAGCUCUUGGGCUCCAUAUUCCUGGGUUACUUGAUGCCAAGCCACGGAACGUCAAGGAGAAUCACACUUCUGGAUACAAGACCUGGGAAUUCAUUAUCUGGUUCUAUGGCGAGUGUCCUGGCUUACUCUAUGAGCUCUUACCUUUAGAAUAUUGGAAACAUUUCUGCAAGCUUGUUCGCGGAUUUCGGCUCAUCAGUCAGCACUUGAUCACACUUGACGAGCUUCGCGAAGCUCAAAACUGCUUCUUAUCUUGGUACGAAGACUACGAGCGCCUCUACUAUGGGCACCGUGAAGAUCGCCUCCAUUUUGUAAGGCAAAGUGUUCACCAAGUCACUCAUCUAGUUGAGGAGACAAUCAAAAAAGGACCACCCAUCUGCUACGCGCAAUGGACGAUGGAGCGCACAAUAGGUAACUUGGGCCAGGAAAUCCGACAGCCCUCGCAGAUGUACGAGAACUUCUCACGUCAAGGUGUCCGUCGCUGCAUGAAGAACGCGCUCCGGGGGAUGAUGAAGGAGUUCGAUCCUCCAACCAAGGUUUCCUCCCUUGCUAAUGAUCUGGGGAAUGGAUAUCUAUUACUGCGUGCCCGCGACCGCUACAAGAUGUAUCCCAAAGGCAGAGAGUUUGGCGCUCUUGCACGAUACAUGGGCUGCCAACCACACAAAAUUCGUCGCUGGGCACGUCUGCAGCUACCCAACGGGCAUAUAACUCGUUGUGCAUGGCGAGAGAAUGCCUCUCGACAUGCAAAUAUCCGCAUUGCACGGAAUGUACGGUUUGAGGUCAACGGCCACGCACGACUUGGCGAGGUGAUUUACUAUACACAAGUUCGCCUCCCAUCUACACACGUCGACGCUCCCAAUGAAGUCCGUACUGUUGCUCUUAUCUGGCCGUACUCGAAUCCCGAUCCCAAUCUCCUUGAAUGGUCGUCGCAGACAUUGUGGUCAUGUCGCCAUCUAGGUGAAGCAUCAACCACAGUAAUUGAAGUUACUCAAAUCAAAGCACUGGUCGGUAUGUUACCACAUUCCCCGACAAUUCCGAGCACAGGAGUGGCCGAAGCACGUUUUCACAUGCUUGAAAAGCCAGGAUUUGAUGUAGCUACAUAUGCCGGCCCAGAUGAGUCUGAUCCUGAGCAGGAAGAUGAU